AUAUCCUCAUCUUCCUGCUGCCUCCCUCACCAAGACAUCCCUCUCACCUCACACUCGAGCUGCCUGCCGAACGAUGCCUUCGGUUGCAAAGGAGAACCUCGUAGAGGUCCGACCAGAGCGAGUUGGAGGAGUAUCCACUCCUCCCGACGGACCCUUUGACCUCUCUGCCUUCUCGCAGGCUCUUACCGUUCAGCCCACCCGCCUCUCCUCGGAACGAAUCGAAUUCGACCUCAUCGGCGUUGAUGCCUCCGUUGCCAAUGCUAUCCGGAGAGUUCUGAUGGCAGAGGUACCAACUGUAGCCAUUGAGAAUGUGUACAUCUUCAACAACACCUCGAUCAUCCAGGACGAGGUGCUCGCCCACAGACUGGGUCUAGUGCCGAUCCUGAUCGACCCUGAACGGAUCGAAUUCCGAGGAGGAACGACAGAGGCGACCGAGGAGAAUACUUUGGUGUUCAUGUUGAAUGCAAAAUGCGAGAAGAACAAGAAGGCUGCAAAGGGGGAGAAGGAUGAGGAGAAGAAGUACAUCGAGUCGAAUAUCUACGCCUCUCACAUGCAAUGGGAUCCCAAAGGCGACCAAGAGAACAUGUUCGGUAGCGCUCCUCCCCGAGCAGCCAACCCAGACAUUCUCCUAGCCAAGCUGCGUCCCGGUCAAGAGCUCGCCAUCGAGCUCCAUGCCGUCAAGGGCGUCGGUCGUGACCACGCCAAAUUCUCUCCGGUAGCAACAGCAUCCUACCGUCUUCUACCACACAUCGACAUUGCGGCAGGUGGUAUCCCAAAGGAGCACAGGGCCAAGUUCAUCAAAUGCUUCCCCGAGGGAGUGAUUGGAUUGAGGAAGAGGAAGAGCGAUGGUGAGGAAGAGGUGUAUGUGAAGAAUCCGAGGAAGGAUACAGUUUCGAGGGAGGUUUUACGGCAUAAGGAGUUCGAGGACAAGGUCAAGCUGGGAAGAGUGAGAGACCACUUCUUGUUCGACAUCGAAUCAACAGGUCCCUAUGCACCGGAGCGUCUCCUUCCAGCCGCCAUCCGCUGUCUGACCUCAAAGGUAGACACGGUUCUCAAAUCCUUGGACAAUCUCGAAGCAGAUCUAGGAAUCGCUUCGUAAAGACUCGAGGAGCAGAGCAGGAGAGGAGGAGGAGGAGGAGGAGUGAGGGCAGUAACGGCGGCGACGGCGGCGACGGCGAACAUUGUAACAUUUUGUACUUAGAGCACAACAACAGAGAUCUUAUCCACUA